GAUGGUUUAGAGUUGUUUUAUCAGCUGAUACACGUGGCAGUCCAACCCAAAACAUGAAAAAAUAUUGAAAACAGAGUAAAUGUAAACGUCAAACCACUUAGAGGGACAGUAUCCACUACCAACCCUUGUUUUAUCGCGGAUUUUUCGUGCCGAAUGUUGAAAUAUGGCGCCGAAUUCAAAAAAAUAAACAAAAAAGAUAACGAGUAGGUACUCACACCUAUGUAAUGUUUUCGCAACGUGUCAACGGCAGCAAAUAUAACGAGUUACGGCAAUUAAACCAGGACAAAACACGGAAAAACGUCUAAAAAAACGCGUCGUAAUGAGCGUGGAAAUCUGCGAAGUGCCGAAAUCGCGAAAAAUCGAUGAAAUUGAAAAAUGGUUUUCGGAAAUCUAUAACAAGAGGCCAGAAUUUUACAUCAGAGUACCUGGCAGGGUGAAUCUUAUUGGGGAGCACAUAGACUACUGCGGGUAUGGAGUAUGUCCCAUGGCAAUAGAACAGGACAUAUUUCUGGCCGUGUCUCCGGAAAAUUCACAGAAGAAACUAUUUUUACAUAACCUGGACCCAAAAUUCGAAAGCUACCAUUGUCCUCUAAUAAACGAUGUACAGAUAGAAUUAAGUGGUACAGCUCCAAAAUGGUACCAGUACUUCCUAUGCGGAGUCAAAGGAAUUUUAGAGACACUUUCUGAUAAAGAAAAAGAUAAAAUCCGAGGUUUGGAGGUGAUAGUAUCAGGUACAAUACCUCAAGGAGCUGGCUUGUCCAGCAGCAGCGCACUGGUCAGUGCAGCUGCACUAGCAACUGCCCACGCCUUAAAAAUUAAACUAACUAAAGAAGAAUUAGCCAACAUAUGUGCUGCAUCAGAAAGAUACAUAGGCACUCAAGGAGGUGGAAUGGACCAGGCUAUAGCUUUUCUAGCUCAAGAAGGGUGUGCCAAACUAAUCGAAUUCGAGCCCUUAAGGUCCACAGAAGUCCGAUUGCCCGGAGGGGCAGUGUUCGUGAUCGCGCACAGUUUGUCCAGCUUAAACAAAGCGGCAACGGGGGAUUUCAAUUGUCGAGUGGUCGAAUGUAGACUGGCAACACAGAUAAUAGCACAUCGUAAAGGACUGGAUUGGAGAACCAUCAGACGUUUCGGUGAGCUCCAAAAAGCACUGGGUAUAACACUGGACGAACUCACAGCUCUUACUAAAGAAAUACUACACGAGGAGGCUUACAGUAAGGAGGAAGUUAUCAAGGAGUUGAACACUACUUCUACUGAACUGGAUGAAGUGUCCCUGACUCCAAACACUCAACACUUGCAGAGUUUUAAGCUGUACCAAAGAGCGUUACACGUACUUAAUGAAGCUAGAAGGGUGGAGAAAUUUCACAAAGCAUGCAAAACCUCAGCGGGAGGUGAGGACUCACUGGUUACCCUUGGUAACCUCAUGAGUCAAAGUCACCAAAGUCUCAAAGAUUUGUACGAGUGCAGUCAUCCACAACUGGACAGAAUAGUUGAAUUGGCUCGUGGAGUGACGUUAGGGACAAGAUUAACCGGCGCAGGUUGGGGUGGCUGUACCGUAUCCCUAGUACCACCAGAAAAUGUAGACAAAUUCGUAGAUCUGUUGAUCGAAGAAUUCUACAAACCUUUGGGAAUAAAAGAGGGUUUUCAGUCAUUAGUAUUCCCCACUACGCCAAUGGAAGGUGCUCGCAUUUACACUCCGAAAAAUUAAACAUAUACCCGCCUAUGACUUUUAUUGUUUUUAAUCUUACUACAGUUUAUAUUUUAAUAAACUUAUUUUAUAUUAAA